UUAAUGGUAGGGUAAUUUUGCGGCGUAAUGUUCUCUUUAUCUGGUGCGGCACUUUUCUGCUUUAUAUACUAAGUACAGUCGUGCCCUCUUCGCAUCCAGGCUCAGCCACCAAAUUCGCCCACUUCUGGUCCUGCCGCCCGGCAAUACGGCUUCUUCCUGCCACACCUCGCCUACCAUGGCCGAUGUUGACGAGCGCCGCAAGGCCCAGAAUAGGGCCGCCCAGAAGAAAUACCGAACACGACAGAAACUGCGUAUCGAACUCGCCAGAGCUAUCCUGUGCGAUAAACCGCCCCAGCAGACCGGCACGGCGACGGAAAGGCGCGAUUGGAUCCCCUCAGUUGGCGAUUUCGACGACGGCUAUCAGGCUGUCGUUAGCCGGCACAACAACACCUCCACCACUUCUCCCAACACACCAAGAUCCUCGUCCCCCGUUGAUACGCUUCAGUCCCUAGGCGUCAGGCAUCUGCUACACACCGAUAAUAGUCGAUCCACGAGGCUGCUGCGCGACGGCGACGCCCUGGCCGCCGCCCUCGAGCAGUACGGCAUACCCUUUGAUCUCGAUGGCGGCAGCACCCACAACAUGGGCUCCGCCGACUCGGCAACCACAAUGGGCGACGUCCACUGCCUAGACCAGUCGCUCGCCCGCCUCGACUGGAUGCACAGCAACGGCGAAACACCUUCCAACGGAGCGCUGCCAUCAUCCGGCACCUCCCCGCUCUCGUCCAGUGAUAUCGACAAGUAUAUGAUGAGCCCUCCAUCGCAUCAUCUGUCAUCCUUGUCAUCCUCGUCUUCUUCGUCUUCUUCGUCUUCUUUGUCAGCUUCUUCGUCGUCGUCAUCAUCAUCAUCAUCAACAGCACUUACGCUCGGCAGCCUGCCCACGCCCGUCUCAGACUGGCCGACGUCGGUAGUCGCCGACACCCCCUUCAGCAACUCUUCAACCCUCUCGCUACUCAAGAGCUGCUGCCACCGCCCUCACCCGGAAGGCACAGACGACAACGCUAGCUGCCCCAACAACAGCAGCAGCAGCUCCACAGCACUCCUCGACGAAACCUCGAGCCCGCUCUACACGGCUAUCUCACUCGGCAACAUGGACAUGGCCCGUCUCCUCGUCCGCUCCGGCGCAAAGCUCGACCUGCCCGACCGCAAUGGCGACACCUUAUUGCACCACUGCGUCCGGCGCGGUGACAUCGCGACCAGCAGUGCACUGCUUGACCUCGGCGCAAAUGUCAUGCACACUACUGCCGGUGGCAGGACGCCACUGCAUCUGGCCGUCAGCACGGGCAACGAGGCCAUGGCUGCCAUGCUGCUUGAUUGGUGCGCGAAUGAAAAAGACCCGCCUUUGGAGGCGGUCGCUGCUGCUAUUAUUCCUACCCCUCUCAGUUCUGCCGCUAUUACCAUUCCUAUCACCGCCGCCACAACAACAACAACAACAACAACAACAACAACAACAACCAGGCAGAAUACUGACGUUUCGACGUCGUCAGGUCGAAAAAUCAGUCUGCUAGGUCAAUUCAUAGACGCCUGCGACGCCCACAACAUGACGGCCCUCCAUCUCUCCGUCAAGCUGCAGCGCAUCAACGUCCUCAAGGUCUUACUCGAGUACGGCGCUAAUGUCAAUCUGGGUUGCCAUUAGCAAGUCGGGUCUCGUCCUUUGCAUUGAUGUUUUUUUCCUCCAUUUUCUCUGGCUACUUCACCGCCACAUUCAUGGCAAGGUACAUAAGUGUGUUGAAAAUGGUGAAAGGUUUUUUGUUUUAUAUAUAUACAUAUAGAAUGCGAG